AAAACUAAAAGAGGGGGGGUCGGCAUCCUGAGGCAGGCAGGCUUUCCACAUGUGACUCCAGACACCGAAUGGACGCUGGGAAGCUGCUUUGGGCCCCUGAAGGCUCCUCUCCUCGCUGCUGUUUCUCGUCGUAGCGCUGCUGAAUGAGCGCAGUCAUGCUGUCCUACCUAACGGGCUAAAAAAAAAAAAAAAGAGGAAAAAAAAGAAGAAAGGACUUCCAGGGAUUUGACCAAGAUGUAUCGGAGUGGAAGGAAAACAUGUCUGCUUUAAUCUGGACGUCAUUUUUAUUCCAGGAGUUAUUUCUCAUCGCGGGGCUCAGAUAAAAUGAAACGGUGAUGACCUGGAUGGUGCCAUGUGAAUGACCAGAGACCAUGAAGCCCACACACAAACUGCUGUUUGUCCUGUGUGCCUUGCUGGUUCUGGUCUUUAUUUACUACGCCUCCAUGAAGCUGCACCUCUACGGUCUCUGGGGUCAGAAGCCUCAGAAAGUUGCAGUGGAGACAUCUGUAGAGCUGACUAAAGGUGCUGCAGUGAUACGAAUUGCAGAGCUGGAAAAUGACAUCAACGCUGGACAAAUAGUAAAGCCAGUGUACGAUAAGCAAGGCUUUCUGCUGCAGGAAGCAAAACUGCCGCAGGAGUUGGCAUACAAGUAUGGCAACCUCAGCGAAGGGGUCUGUAAACCGGGAUACGCAGCAGCCAAGAUGACAUCCAUCUAUCCGAAGUGAGUUCUCUGCUUUAUCUAAGUGC